CUCCCGCGGGCGCGCAUGUCCCGCGGCUCCGCUUUCCCGGGAGCUUCGCACCGACACCUCCUGCUGGGACCUGGCCGAGCCGAGCCAAGCCGAGUCGAGCCUGGCUGAACCCAGCUUAAAGCGGGCCGGGCCAUGGCCCCCUCGGGCGCAGGGACCUUGCGCUGCGCGCUGCUUUGUGCGUUGCUGUGUGCGCAGGGACCCGCACCCACCCGCGCAGCAGAAUGUGGUGAGCUGAGGUCCUGCGGGGCAUGCACGGCCAGCACCGCCUCACACAACGGCACUGGCUGCGUCUGGGUUGGCUGCAGGACCCCCGAGGAGGAACCAGAGUCCGGGGGCUGCGUGCAGAGCGGGGUGGCAGCGCGGGGGUCCUGUGUGCUCUACAACAGCAGCUCCCUGUGCCCAGCGGCACUGAGGUCUCCUACUGAAGAGCCUCCACAGUCCCACAGCAAGGAGCCAGCAACGCACUCCCCACGGACCAGCACCACCAGUGCCCCCCUGACAGGCAGCCCCGAGUUCCGCCCGCCCGGCUUCGACACUGCCAGCUUCAUCGGCGGCAUCGUGCUGGUGCUCAGCAUCCAGGCCGUGGUCUUCUUCAUCAUCAAGUUCAUCAAGUCAAAGGACAGCACCUACCAAACACUAGAGGACAAUCAGUAGGUUCUGGGUGCCUGUGGCAGUGGGGAGGGGGCUGCACCCCCCUGAGCCUCCAGAGCUUCUCCCUUCCCUUGCCCCUCCUCGGAGGGGGUCGGUGGUGUGGUGCCUCUCACCCGGGCUGCAUGAAGGACACUUCCCAGCUGGUUUGCUCUUUUCCUGGGAGUUGCUAGCAGAGGAGAGGGAGUGGGGGUCCCCUUCACCACCCCCACCCCCCCUUCCAUGCACAGAGCCCCUGGCACAAUGCAGCCAAUGCACAGCCCCAUGGCAAAUCUGUGCCCCUUCUGCCACCUGGGCAAGGUGUCCCCUGGCACCACAGUGGCAGGGGGCACCACCCCCUCCCCCUGAGUACCUUCAGCAGGAUGGGAACUGCUGGGCCUGGUUUGGCCACACAGAGGGCACCCAACAGUCCCCCUGUCCACCCUGGGCACCUCUUGCCCACCCUGGGCACCCCCUACCAUUUGCCUCCCCACAGCCUUUGGGCUUGCUGUGCAGGGGGGGCUAGGGGAUGUCCCCUUUGCUCCCCAGCAGGCUCUCAGCUCUUUCCCCUCAGCAGUGUGGCUGCAGCCCCCAGACCCCUUCUCUGAUCCCUCUUCAGCCCCUCCUCACCCUGUUCCCCCCCAGCCCCUUGCUGCCCACUGGAGGAGCAGAGCCAGGGCCUUGCUGUGUGCUUUUGCUGUGCCUUUGUGUUGCUGGAGGGGUCGUCCCCACCCCCACUCCCCCAACUUUCUGUGUGCUGUUUUGGGGAGGGGGGGCCGAGUGCUGUGUGCUGUGGGGUGAGACUUGUAGCUUGGGCUGCCCCAAUUAAACUCUGCGAGGUGCUGUCUGUGUCAUGUCCAGGGGGCAUUUGUGCAGCUGGGGUCAGGGGCUGCCUCCCACCAUCCCUGUGCCCCCCACCCCCGCUCUGCCAUAGCUCCCACCCUCCCCCAUGGCAUUCCACCUGCCUGGCUGCAGUGGGGUGGGCACUGGGUCGCUCCCCCCACCCUGUAUCCUACUUCCUCAGGGCUGCAAGGGGCUAGACCCUCCCGGGGACUAAGCCCCCCCCCGAGCCCUUUCUGCCAUCUGCUCUUCUCUGUCCUCUG